GCUGUCUGCUGCCUGCAUUCAGUCCUAUGCCGACAGUGGUGGCGUUCACACAAGUCAACGUGGUAGCGAUGAAGACAGUUUUGGCCCUUGUUCUGCUGCUGAGUCCAGUCCUGGCGGCUGGCCUGCGGGAUAAUUACUGCGAAAGGAAUGAGACCGUUCGUACUUCUGUGCCCGUGACCAAGCAGCGGACCAUUGUGAAGCCCCAGUCCAAGUGGAAGAUAUGGAAGAAGACCGAGAAGACGACGGAGAUCUACGAUUCGGUGGAGGUUCAGGAGACCCAACGGCUGGUCAGGGAGUGCUGUCCCGGCUACUUGCCGGUGGAGUCGGGCCUGUGCGAACCAAUCUGCAGUCGUGCCUGCCCCGCGCACGCUAGCUGUGCCGCCCCCGAUCGCUGUGAGUGCAUCGCUGGCUACGUCUCGGCCAGGAACCACCAGGAUGGUGGGCACUACUGCGAACCCAUCUGUGAGGCGCCCUGUCACCCGGGCGCCCAGUGUGUGGCCCCCAAUACCUGUGCCUGCCGCGAAGGCUACACCCAGCUGCAGCCAGCCGGGGACGGUGUUAGCGGCGACUGCGUGCCCACCUGCAAGGUGGGAGGGUCUUGUGAGAACGGCAAGUGUGUUGGCGUGGAGCGCUGCCAAUGCAACGCAGGAUAUCGCUGGGAUAAGGCAGAGGAGCGCUGUGCUGUAGUGAGCGCGGAAUCCAUCUCGGAGAAGGACUCGGAGGAGAGUACAGAGGCCCCAAGUACCACUUCCACGGCGGCCUUCACCGCCCUAGAGUGUCCCGAGGACUUUGUGUUAUUCCAAGGAGAAUGCCGGGAGAAGCAGUUCGAGAGCAACGAGGCCUCCUGCUUGACGACCGGCUGCGGUCCACACCAAACCUGCCUGGAGUCCGGCAUCUGCAACUGCUCAAGAGGAUACGUCCCGGACGAGACCACCGUGGAGGGUGGGUCGCUCAGCUGCCAGCGCACCUUGUUCGACCAAAUACUGGGCUUGAACCAGGCCACCGACGACGAGGAUGAGCUGAAUCCCUGGACCAUCCCCAUCAUCGGGGUGGCCAGCGGAUCCCUCUUCGUGCUCCUGAUAGUGGGCUUCAUCGGAGGGAAGCGGUAUCGACGGGAGCGGUCAGCGGCAGCCAACAAGGAGAUGGAGUGCCAGUAUUCCCAGAAAACCGUCGACGUGGACGAGUGGGUGCCAUAAGGUGGCCCCCAAGAGGUGGUUCCCUCUACCUUUGGGCUGUGUUAGAUCAUCUUGGAUUGUUAGUUUUAAAGUCAUCUAUGUAUGUAUGUGUUUGAAUAAAUAAUAUAAACUUAAA